AUGGAUACAUCAACUACCUUUAACGCAAUUGGAGUUCUCGACUUUGACAAAUGGUUGGAACCAAAAAAAUUCAGUUACAAUCCGGCUUCAAUGGGCCCAUUGUCAAUUGAAAUUAGCAUUGACGCGUGUGGUAUCUGUGGUUCAGAUAUCCACGCUGCAGCUGGUGACUGGGGUAGAGCAUAUACUCCUUUAGCUGUCGGUCACGAAAUUAUUGGACGUAUUGUGUCCCUUGGUGAUGAAGUUGACAAGAGUAAAUUUCAUUUAGGCGAUAGAGUCGGUGUUGGCCCAGUUUGCGACUGUUGCCAUGAGUGUAACAGAUGUAAGGACCAUAAGGAGGUUAACUGUAAAAAGGGGGUCUUGACCUACCUAGGUGUUGACCCAAAAACAGGCGUGAAGACUCAAGGUGGUUAUGCGGACCGUAUUCGUGUUGAUUCCCGUUGGGUGUUCAAAAUCCCAGAUGCCCUGGAGUCGAAGCACGCCGCUCCAUUGCUUUGUGGGGGAAUCACAGGUUUUAAGCCUUUGCUUACAGCCAAGGUCGGGAAAGGAACGAAAGUUGGGAUUGUUGGGAUUGGUGGUAUUGGACAUAUGACCAUGUUGUUUGCGAAAGCCUUGGGCGCUGAAGUUACUGCGAUCUCCAGAUCUAACCGUAAAAAGGACGAUGCUUUUGAAUUGGGGGCAAGUGAUUACAUCGCAACGGCCGAGGAGGGAUAUGAACUAAAGAAUGCCGACAGUCUUGAUGUGCUUGUUGUCACAACAUCCUCCUUCUCUGGUAGCAAUUUGGACAAGAUGCUCACGCUUUUAAAACCAGCUGGUAGGAUGAUUUUUAUCACUGCACCUCCAAUGGAUGAAAAACUAACGGUUACACCAAUGACCAUGCUCAUGAAUGAUUAUGUUAUUAGUGGAUCUGCCUCAGGAAGUCCUCACGAGAUCGAAUAUAUGCUGGAAUUUGCCGCAAAACACGACAUCAAACCAUGGGUUGAGACUAUAGAUAUAAGUGAGCCAAACGUCGCCAAAUCUUGGCAGAGAAUGCUUGACGGCGAUGUUAAGUAUCGUUUUGUUUUGACCGGCUAUGAUAAGUGCUUUUGA